GUUGGUUUUUAUCUUGGUUUGAAUUCUUUUUGCAUCAUGUUUGCAUGUAUGGUCAUAUUUUGUCAUUUCAUCGCCACGUUUCAUUUCAACGACCAAAUGCUCGUAAAACCUACAAACAUUUCAUCGGCAAACUCCACAAGCGUUAAUUCCACAAGUAGUAGUUCUAAUGAAAUAAUAUCCAGUUCUGGAGGGAGAAAUGAUGCGAAUGAGGCAUAUGGGCCAACAAAUUCGAGCGAAACUACCAACACCUCUUCACAAACACUCAAUGCUACGUCCUCAACACCCCCAGGCUUCAAAGACGAAAGGAGUUCGUUGCUACUUGCAUCAAACCUGGAGUGACUAUGAAAACGGUCAUCGUGGACUCCUACUUGGAAUAACGAUGAUGUCGUUGUGUUUUAUUGAGAUUCUAACGGCUUCGUUUGCAAUGUUGAUUUGCUGGGCAGCUGUUAAUGUUGAGCCAACAGGGAUAAGAAGAAAGAAACUGUUGGUUCAAGGGACUGCCUCUGAGAUGCUUGCUUUGUACAACCGUGAGGCGACUUUGCGACAAAGAACUGGUUUAUCAUCUACUUCAACCUCCUUAGCUACCAUAGAUGAGCCAUUUUCAAACUGGAAUUCUACUACUACCUGCUGAUUACAAGGUGAUUUUUUCAGUAGUAAUAGUCGGUGAACUGUGCAUCAAAAUCAUUGUAGUAUAUAUGAAUAACAAUUAAAAACAAUGAAAGAAUCAGUUAUUAUAAUAAUUUAUUGAUGAAUGGAAUGAGCUUGCUAUAUAUAUAUACCAAAUAUGAAAUAAACUUAACAACUUAAGUAUAAAAAACUUAACUUGUACAGAAAUACACGCAAGAAAUUAACGUCUCGACGCAUCCCUCACAGUUGGCGCAAUUUUGUAUCAAGAUUACAUACAGACGUCCUUUGGAUUUAAAUGUUCAUGAAUAUUUACUUUAGUUUAUUCGAGUUAUAGUAUUGAAGCCAUAAAAAUGUCGAAAUGCGUGAA